UUCUAUUUUCAUCUGGCUAUACCUACCAUACAGCAUUAUCGCAAAGCAAACAACACAAUAAACAAAUGUUUUAUCAUUAGUCAAACUACAAGUUUACGGAAUUGCGAGGUUGAAUUGUAGAAUGUCCUCGCUGAGAACCGCUGUGUAUCGCCGUUUCACUUCCCCUUUGUGGAUACAUGAAAUUAAACAUCAAUUCGAUACAAUCGCGCAACUCUUAACGUUGCAUGACCUUGAAGCAUCAUGUUUAUGUAGAAUGUCUGAUGCUUUUCUAGUGGCUCAUAGUUUUAUUUAAAACCCUCCGCUCGCCCCUUCUAUUUGAACCUGAUUUUCUUUUUUUUUGUAAAUAUAAAGCCAUACUGUGUUUUCAGGAAUAUGUCCUAUUGUCAGCGUUGCUACGAAUUUAUACAAAUAAUGACUCCAUUUAACAGGGUUACAAAAGGUUCAGGGGACGUCUGAACCAUCUAAAAACAAAACGCUUCUGCUGAAAGCCAUGUCUAAUGAACACACACCCCUCCUCACCCAUGGGGUAUGUGGUCUGUCAGCAGACAAUGCAGUGUGUGGCAUAGGGGCGUCAGAGGGCACUGGGGAGGCCAGCACUCCUAAUGCUGUACCUCGAAAGCUCAACACCUUCUUUGGGGUGAUGGUGCCCACUGUCCUCUCCAUGUUUAGCAUUGUCCUCUUCCUCAGAACUGGGUUUGUGGUUGGUCAUGCGGGGCUCUUGCAGGGUCUUGUGAUGCUGCUUGUAGCCUACACCAUUAUCUCCCUCACCAUCUUGUCCAUCUGUGCUAUUUCCACCAACGGUGCUGUGCAGGGAGGUGGGGCCUAUUUCAUGAUUAGUCGAUCAUUGGGCCCAGAGUUUGGAGGAAGCAUUGGCCUCAUGUUCUUCCUGGCCAAAGUGUGUGCAUGUGGAGUGUAUGUGCUUGGUCUGGUAGAGGCACUACUUGACAUAUUUGGUCAGGAUCCAGCGUCGUCCUCUGCGUUUCGAGUGCUUCCCCAGGGCUACUGGUACACAGUGCUGUACUCUUCCAUAGUUCUCCUGCUGGUUCUGAUGGUGUGCCUAGUGGGUGCCCACAUCUUCGCCCGCACCUCCUUCCUCAUCCUGCUGGUGGUGACCAUCUCCCUUCUGUCCAUUUACAUCAGCCCCCUGGCGCUGACCACGCCCCUAAAGUUCCUCAUCACCCACCAGGGCCCUGGCAACCAGACCCUCACCUACAAUGCCAGCUACACAGGCUUCAACGGCACCACGCUGAAGGACAACCUGGGCUCGGGCUACACUGUGGACUACAGCACUGGUAAAGUCAUGUCAUUCGCCACCGUGUUCGCUGUCAUGUUCACCAGCUGCACCGGAAUCAUGGCCGGAGCCAACAUGUCAGGAGAGCUGAAGAAUCCCAGUGCUGCCAUUCCCAAAGGCACCAUUAUUGCAGUCCUCUACACCUUCAUAGUCUAUGUCCUGCUCUUCAUCCUGGCCAGCUCCACAUGUGAAAGGACCCUGUUGGCUCAGGAUUACGGGUUCUUCCAGCGUAUUAACAUCUGGCCUCCAUUUGUCACCAUCGGGAUCUAUUGUUCUGCCCUGUCAGCAGCCAUGUGCUCUCUGAUUGGGGCGUCCCGGAUCCUCCACGCCCUCGCACUGGACCAACUCUUUGGUUUUCCAUUGGCUCCUGCUGCUAUCACAUCCAGCUCAGGCAACCCAUGGGUGGCAGUGCUCUACACCUGGGGGUUGGCACAGUGUGUGGUGUUUGCAGGCCAGCUUAAUGCCAUAGCUGGCCUGGUGACAGUAUUCUACCUGCUGGCCUAUGCUGCUGUCGACCUGGCCUGUCUGGCUCUGGAGUGGGCAUCGGCCCCCAACUUCAGGCCCACUUUCCAGGUGUUCUCCUGGCACACGUGUCUGCUGGGCAUCCUAAGCUGUCUGGUGAUGAUGUUCGUCAUUAACCCGGUCUACUCCUCAGCCAGCAUUGUCCUCCUCUUACUGCUGUUGCUUUUCCUGCACUACAGAUCACCAACCAGCAGCUGGGGAUACAUCAGCCAGGCUCUCAUCUUUCAUCAGGUGCGUAAGUAUCUGCUGAUGCUGGAUGUGAGGAAGGACCAUGUGAAGUUCUGGAGGCCCCAGGUGUUGUUGAUGGUGGCCAACCCUCGCUCCUCCUGCCAGCUCAUCAACUUUGUCAACCAGUUGAAGAAGGGCGGGCUAUUUGUUCUGGGACACGUGAAGCUGGGAGAUCUGGACACCCUGCCCUCUGACCCUGUCCAGCAGCAGUAUAACUUCUGGCUGAGUCUGGUGGAUAAGCUGGGGGUGAAGGCCUUCGUGGAUCUGACUCUGUCCCCCUCUGUGAGGCAGGGAACACAGCAUCUGCUCCGUAUCACCGGCCUGGGCGGCAUGAAGCCCAACACUCUGGUCUUGGGGUUCUACGACAGUUGCACCCCUGAGGACUACUUCCUCCAAGACCCUGCCUUCUGUGAGUCAAAAGGGUCUGGAGGUGAUGAUUUUGGGGUGGAUCUGCCCUCUCUGCAAGCCCACUUCCCCCCGGUCCGCCAUGUGGAGAGCCCACGCUGGCUCACGUCAGAGGAGUAUGUGGGAAUCAUCUCGGAUGCCAUCAAGAUGAGUAAGAACGUGUGUCUUGGACGCUAUUUCUUCCAGCUGCAGGGAGAGGGCAUGGGGACCAAGAUGGACGGGGCCGCGAGGAUCAUCGACGUGUGGCCCCUCAACCUCCUGCAGCCGAGCAGCACGUCUGCAGCCUCCGUGGACGUGUGCAGUCUCUUCCUGCUGCAGAUGGCAUGUGUUCUCAACAUGGCCAGCAGAUGGCGCCAUGCCAGAAUGAGAAUAUUCCUGUGUGUGGAGGCAGAGUCCAGCGACCAGGGUUGGGUGGUUAAAGAGGAGACCUACCGGGAGCUGUUGAGGAAGCUGAGGAUCAGGGCCUCCAUCAAGAUAGUGCCCUGGGACUCUGUGGUGCAGCUCUACGGACAGAAACAGACACAGGACCCAGAGCUGGAGGGCCUGACGAAGCCGGCCCAGGCCCUUUCAGAGGACUUCCAGUCUGCAGUCAACAGGAUGCUGAUGGAGCACAGUGCUGAGGCUGCUGUCCGCUUCCUGUAUUUACCACGCCCCCCUGCUCACUCCAGCCAAUCACACACAUAUCUCAGUCAGUUGGAAGCUGUGACUUAUGGUUUAGGCCCAACCCUCUUGAUUCAUGGUCUCACCCCAGUCACGUGCACUGAGCUUUGAGUGUGUCACUGUAUUUAUGGGAUCAAAAUGUCAUGUAAUUAACUUCAUCCUGAACAUGAUAGAAAGGGCAGUCUCAAUGUUUAUAAUAUGAGCUACUUUACAUAACAUACUUUUUAGUUAGAAAAUAAACACACAGGCACACUACACAACGGGACCUAUAAGUAUAGCUCUGUUCCCUGGGCAUGUAGUUUCACACCUUGUAUUGUAACUCAUUGACACAUUCACUCAUUUCUCAAAUGAACACAUUCAACACCUAGUCAGUCACAGUGGUACCUACCUACUUUCUGUAAUAUAUUUAUUUGUUAACUGUAAUUUAAUGGAGUACUUGUCUCAUGCCUUUGUUGGUUGGGUAAUAAUAUAAAUACAUGUAUGUUGUGCCUGAUAUAGCAGAUGUAGUUUUCAUAAAAAACCUCCGCUCUGGAAUUGACCGUGUGGCCUGAGAAUGACACUGAUUCAGUGUGAGUGAAUGUUACAUGUCAGUAGAUCAAAUGGUCUGUUCUGCAGCACAGGACCAAAGAAGAAUCAUAUGAUAGGUUGAAUGGUGAUGGAGGGAAAAUGGAUUCUGAAAUACAGAAAGGGCAACAUAUGCUAACUAGCUAUGGAAAUUAGAAUGUUGUGUUCCUUGUUAUUUGAUGCUGGUACAAUCACUUUCCAUUGAGCCCUUUCCCCAGUAUAUUUCUCUUCAGAUUGUGACCCAGUUUGGGAGAGCUCACGAGUGUCUUUGGACCAAAUGAUCUCUUGGGAUUUUGGGUCACUCACCAAUUGGUCGUGCUUGACAUGCUGCUUCUUCGGACUACUAUGUGGUCCAUGAAGGAACAUGAAUUCAAACUUCCUGAAACCGCUAUGAACUACAUUAGUGCCUAAUGCUUGACAAUAUUGUCAUAAUACACAAGCAUUAAGCCACUGGCAGGCAGACUAAAUAUGGAUUGCUGAUGUAUUUAGUCUAAUUUAUAAUACAUCACCCUUAUACCAAAUCCUAAGGAUCAUGCCAUUCAUUUGUUACUUGGAAAAAUUAAUUCUAUUUUUAUGCUGUCUUGCUAUGCUUUUCUUAUGUACAGAUUUGGAAACAAUGUUACUGCAAGGAGUUUGGUAUCUAUGAAAACAUUUUACUAAUUUAGAGGCAUGUAGUUGGCGCUAUAUGAAAGCUUACACAUUUCACAACUUGUGGUGGGAUGUUUGUGCUUGAUUGGAAAUAGUUUCCUCUUUACAGUCCUACGAAGUUACUGUAUAUUUCUGACUCUACUCAGAAUCCAUGUACUGUUCUCAGGUUGUGCCACACAGACUGUUCUCUAGAGUCUGUGGACUGACCAGUGAGUGCCAGACAGACUGUUCUCUAGAGUCUGUGGACUGAUCAGUGAGUGCCACACAGACUGUUCUCUAGAGUCUGUGGACUGACCAGUGAGUGCCAGACAGACUGUUCUCUAGAGUCUGUGGACUGACCAGUGAGUGCCAGACAGACUGUUCUCUAGAGUCUGUGGACUGACCAGUGAGUGCCAGACAGACUGUUCUCUAGAGUCUGUGGACUGACCAGUGAGUGCCAGACAGGCUGCUUGUGAGUUAAUAAGGACUCUGUCCAAGCAAAUGACGCAAUAGAAAAUGUCAAAAACCAAAAUAAUUACAUUAAACAUGUGUUUUUUAACAUAUUGUUUCCUUUACACAUAUGUUACUCAGUAACAACAAUUUGACAGUCAUUUGUGAAUGGGUUGGCAAUAAAAUAAACAAAAGUCA